ACGAUGGACGGCCCAACUGUAGGCAUUCCGGCAACCCCCGAAUCUCCGAUAUGUUUAUCUCUCUUUUUCUUCCACUUUUGCAGACACGUUUUGGUUUGUAAUCUGGAAUCCGUUCCAUCGUACCUAUCGUUUCGUUUUUGUUAAACCGAACAAUCAAUUGAUCUUGAAGCAAUCGAUCAAUCGCUCAAUGGAAUUAUCAUCUUCUAAUCUCGGUUCCCUUCCCGAAGAUGUUUCUGAAGAUCAAGGACUACCACAAAGGAAUCUUAUAUCGGUCUUCGCUUCCAAGCCUCAGCGCUCUAAGAAUAUAUAUUUUUCACAGAAAUACUUGCCCCAAGAUUGGCUUGGGUAUUUUGACCGAGAGGAUGAUAUUUCCAUUCCAAACUCAAAUGAGGUCUUUCAUGUCUACAUGGCUGGAAAGGAAGGGCCAGUUGUAUUUUGUCUGCAUGGAGGAGGCUAUUCUGGGCUUUCUUUUGCUCUAUCAGCUGGUAUUAUAAAGAAAAAGGCUAGAGUAGUUGCAAUGGACUUCAGAGGACAUGGUAAAUCAUCUUCUGAGAAUGAUCUUGACUUAUCAAUUGAGACUAUGUGCAAUGAUGUUGUGGCAGUUAUAAAGACCAUGUAUGGAGAUUCACCUCCUGCAAUCGUGCUUGUUGGUCACAGUAUGGGAGGUUCGGUUGCUGUACAUGUUGCUGCCAAGAGAGCAUUACCUAGCCUAGCUGGUUUAGUGGUUGUGGACGUUGUGGAGGGAACUGCCAUGGCUUCAUUGAUUCAUAUGCAAAAAAUCUUAUCCAACAGGAUGAAACAUUUUUCUAGUGUUGAGAAAGCGAUUGAAUGGAGCGUAAAAGGAGGUUCGAUGAGGAAUAUCGAAUCUGCCCGUGUAUCAAUUCCCUCUACACUCACAUACGAUGAUUCAAAGAAAUGCUAUACUUACCGAGCAAAACUGGAGAAAACGGAACAGUAUUGGAAGAGCUGGUAUGAGGGGCUUUCUGAAAAGUUUCUUUCAUGUUCUGUUCCAAAGCUUUUGCUUCUAGCGGGAGCUGACAGAUUGGACAAAACACUAACAAUUGGUCAAAUGCAAGGGAAGUUUCAGAUGGUGGUAGUCAGGAACACUGGCCAUGCUAUUCAGGAAGAUACACCAGAAGAGUUCUCAAGUCUGAUACUAAAUUUUCUUUCUCGCAAUCGGAUAGGUCCAAAUGGCGUUGAGAUACCGGGAAUUUGCAAACUGCAGCAUUAGCAACCUUCAAAUGAGAACAGGAGAAAAAGAUCAUUUGCAGUUUCUCCUCCAGGUUUGAUCUUGCAGAAUAAUUUCUUUCUAAACGGUUGUUUUCGAAGCAGAAUAAACAAAAAUCAAAUUUAUUCAUUUAUUUUACAAUGCAGCAUAGAAACUGAACUAGAUGAUGAGUAAACCAUGUUCUAAACACGGUAGUUGCUUCGGAGUAAAGCUAGUUGUUAGCAUACUUUUCUUAAAGUGUCAUCCACCCGACUCGCAAGAAUCGAAGUCAAUUAAAGCAGUGUGAAAUUGCUUUUCUCAGCUUGUGUGAUGAAGGACUGUAAAUAAGACCCUAUCAAAGUAUGCAUUACAACUUAUUAAUAAUUGAUGAAGCUACUACUUUUAGAUAACUACGAACCAUAAUAUAGAAGAAGGCAUAUUAUAAAUGGAGUACUACAAGCUUUUCUGUUGUGGCAUAA